GAUGAGCCAGUCGACCAAGGCACCAAAGCUCCAUGGGCGGGCGUUCUACGAGAGCAUUGGCUGCCCCAAGCUGAUCCUGGCGCCCAUGGUCGAGCAGAGCGAGUUUGCAUGGCGCUUGUUGACGCGCUCGUUCCUCCCGGCCGAGCAGAACAAGCAACUGCUUGCCUACACGCCCAUGUUCCACGCCCGCCUGUUCCAUGAGAACGCCAAAUACCGCGAAACCCACUUCCAGCCGCUAAAGGCCUCGAUGCCCGAGUCGCCCGUCCCCUUCGAUCAGUCCCACUUCGAACAAGACGCCCUCCAUCUCGACGGCAACCCCCAGACUGACCGCCCUCUGUUCGUCCAGUUCUGCGCCAAUGACCCCGCCGACCUGCUCGCUGCUGCAAAACAUGUCCAACCCUUCUGCGAUGCCGUCGACCUCAAUCUCGGCUGUCCCCAGGGCAUCGCUCGCAAGGGCCACUAUGGCUCUUUCCUGCAGGAAGACUGGGACCUGAUCUACAAGCUCAUCAACAACCUCCACGUCAAUCUCGACAUCCCUGUCACGGCAAAGAUGCGCAUCCUCGAGACUCGCGAAAAGACUCUGGAAUACGCGAAAAUGAUUCUGUCCGCUGGAGCCAGCAUCAUCACCGUCCAUGGCCGUCAGCGCCACCAGAAAGGCCACAAUACGGGCUUGGCGGACUGGUCUGUCGUGCGCUACCUGAGGGACAACCUCCCGAAAGAGACUGUCAUNUUUGCCAACGGAAACAUCUUGCGCCACGACGACAUACCCGCUUGCCUCGAGGCUACCGGCGCCGACGGUGUCAUGAGCGCCGAGGGAAACCUCUACGACCCAGCCGUCUUUGCUCACCCUCCGCCCGUGGGUCAAGAAGGACAAGAAUACUGGAGAGGAAAAGACGGCAGAGGUGGCUACCGCAUGGAUGCCGUACUAAGGCGCUACAUGGAUAUUAUUCACAGAUACGUGCUCGGCCAGGAGCCGCCAACAAGGAAACCUUUGUUCAUGCCAGGCCAAAACGAUGCGCCAAUCGACACAGCUACCAUCAUGUCAACUACCGAAAACAAUUCCGCCCAGAAGCGACCCGCUGAGGAUGAGACUCUAGAUACCGAGGCAGGGGACGAGACAAAUGGCCAACCUCCGACCAAGAAGCAAAAGCCGAACAAGGGCGAGAGUCGCAAGAAGAAUGAGAAAUGCUCGAACCCUAAUCUUACUCCAAUGCAGGCUCACCUCUUCCAUAUGCUCCGGCCGUUGGUUUCCAAGCACACCAAUGUACGAGACGCUCUCGCUCGUUGCCGUGCUGGUGACAUUGCGGCGUACGAGAAUGUUCUGGCCAUGGUCGAGGCCGCCGUCACGGAAGGUCUGCUCGAGUAUGAGAGUGCCCCGUCUGAAGAACCUGAAACGGAACCACAGACCAGACCCGAAGUGGAUGCAACAAAGGACGAGAGUUCGUUGGCGGCUGUUGCGUGGUGUAAAAGACCGUGGUUCAUUUGCCAGCCAUAUGUACGACCUCUGCCAAAGGAGGCUAUCGAGAAGGGGUCGAUGCAACUUACUAAGAAGGAGAAGGAACGGUUAGAGCGCGAGAAAGAAGAAAACAAGCAAGUCGGCCUGGUGCCAGAAGGUAGGGUUGAAGAGCAGGAGAGCAAUGGCGAAAAGGUAGAAGUGCCAAAAGAGGGCAUGGUUUGUGGA